GUUUAGGCUCUACGGUGGAACAUACAUACAUAGAAUGCCAAAAUCUUUACCCUUCCUUUUGGCUUGGCCGUAGUCGGGUAAAAAGGAGACGUUGACCUCAAAAUCAGCGAUCAAAAACAACGUUUGGGUGACCUUUUCAAGAAGUCGCAUUACAAAUUCAACGAAAUAUUUUGACACGUCUGACCGUCUGAGGUUGACUUUGCUUUGAAUUUGGAGUUUAAUAUUGAACCUAUGUCGAAGUUCUUAAGAUUUAAUGUGCUAUAAAUUUAACUAUUCCAAAAUAUAAUUAGGUGUCUUGAUCACUCUUGUAUUUAAUUUGUUUUAUGUUGAAAAGUUUUGAAAAAAGUAUGAAGUUAGUUUUAGGUUUUAUCUGCGGGAAAAUUCCCAGCAAGCUGAAUUUUUGUGUAGGUACACCUCUAAUACGGCGUUGUAAUGAAGAUGUGUAGUUUUGUUUUAGUUUUUUGGUAUAAAAAAUAGUUUAAGUACCUAUUUCUAUCUUAUGACUUACAAUGGUAGUGAAUGGUACAUCAGUUAGUCGUCUACAGACUUCCUUGUCUACGCUUAAGCUUAGCUUCUACCCGCAAAACCCGAGUGAAAUUAUGAUAAUGCCUAUUGAACAAAAUAUUCGACAAACUGUCAAAAAAACUGCUGUUUUAGAAUAAAUCUUAUGUACAAAGACUUUUAUUCUGAGAAAUGUUUAAUGUAUCAUACACAUACACAUUGAUUUGGGCUCUUGACAAUCAUGAAAACGAGUGUGCUAUAAACUUGACCGUUAUUAAUGGUCUAAGGCUAUAAACCACCACACGGCUAAAGUAAAACAUCUUUAGCUGUCCCUCUCAAAGUUCGUUCGCCUCGCCCGAUUACAUUUUUCGUAACGCACUUACCAACUUACUCCCCAAGUAUAAUUUAAUUAAAAAAAACUGAAAUUUUCCCUUGAAACUAUUAGGUUUAGUGGGUCAUGGUAGGCCUAUUAUCUAAACCCAAAGAUGGUGCCCGGUAAAUCGUUUACAAUCUCUUCAUAAAUUAAGUAUGAUCAUUUUGAUAACAGGUAACAAUAAAGUCUAGCGAUAAGUAUUUCCAAAAAGGAUAUUUUCCUAAUCUCGACAAAUAGCGUAAUCAUAUCAGUACUUACACUCCUAACAAUGGUGUGUAAAUAAAUACCACAAACCUUUAUAAACCUACAUCACACUCAUAGUAAUCACAUAAAGUAGAUGGUCGAUUGGGUGACAUUAUUAAAAUGAGAAUUUUUCAUUAUUUUUCCGUUUUUUUUAUCGCUGGGCUCACAAGAGCCGACGGAAUAGUAGCAACAAAUGAUACAACAACAAAUGAGCUAAUGGAAACACAAGUGCUAUCAGUUCUAAACAAAUGGCGCGAAGGAGGAGUACAAACGAAUUUAUUUCCGCUUCCUUCGUUAGAGACCGUUUAUAUCGACGCAGUUGACACAUAUUUUAACCGUAAUGGCAUAAAGAUGACAAUAUCUAUUGGAGAUAUGAAACUUUAUGGACUCGAUAACUUCACAGUUGAAUAUUUGAAAGUUACGAAUACCUUCGAUAAUAUCCGCCUCUCUGUGAAACUUUUUGUACCAGCUUUGAGUAUUUUCUCAGAUAAUUAUAAACUUAAGGGCCGAGCUUAUUACUUGUAUCCACUUCAAGGGUUAGGUAAAAUGUCGGCUUCGUUGCACAAAGUGGAUGCAUCUUUAAGUGUUAAUUUUGCCAAUGUUGGUGAUGUCAGUAUGCGAUUAGACAAUUUUGAACUUAAUUUGGGAUUUGGCUCGGUCGAGGUUGAUUUGGAGAACAGUUCGUGGCCUAUUAACCAGGUGUUGAAUAAAGAAGGCGUAGAGAUACUCAAAUCUCUCCAUGAUGAUAUAGUAAAUAGUAUAAACAGCUACGCUGUUCCGUAUGCAAACGAGUAUUUGGCUAAAAUAACUUAUAAGGAAUUUUUAGAUAUAGUCACCAUUAUCGGCGAUAGCUCAUACGUUAUUAGCAAAAAUAUCAAAUAAAAAAAUAA